GAAAAGUGUACAGGGGAAAAGAUUUUUAGUUUCGGUGUUCAACGGGAUCCGUUCCGCUCCGUCCGGCCGGAGCCGGCUAUAGCUUCAAAAUUGCCGCCCCUUUUACUUUAUUUUUGUACAAACGUUAUAAUGAUCAGGUGUAGAACUAUAAUACUUUUGCCAUCCGUCACAUUAGUAGUAGGUUUCUUCUUUUUCUCUGCCACAUUUGCUGAAGAAGAGUGUCUCAGUGGCAGAAGUUAUUGGUGCUAUGAGUGUGAUUCUUAUUCUGACUCACGGUGCAAAGACCCUUUCAACUGGACGGCUCAGCCCAGUGAACUGCCAGCUCAAAAACAAUGCGAAGGUUGCUGUGUAAAAAUAGUCACAAAUGCCAGCAAAACUAAUGAAAAAGUACGUCGAACAUGUACAAAGGACAUAGAUAUAAAUUUAUUUAUGGUUGAUCACGUCUGUAUGUAUGAGGGUCACAAGAUAGGUCAUAUGUGCUUCUGUGAAGGAGAUCAGUGCAAUACGGGACCAAGUAUUAAGUCGUCACCAAUGAUAAUGAUUGUUGAAUUGGUUAUUGUUUGCUUAUUCACAUUCAGAGUCAGAAUGACUACUUAGCUAUGAUGUUAUGUAAAGAAGUUUUUUAAUGAUUUUAUCAGAGUGUACAAUUUUCCGGCAGUGCUGAGUUGAUUCAAAUGUUUUCGAUCGGUGUCAUGUAAUUUGAAAAAUAAUUUAACUUCUAUUACUAUCAAUUAAUUAAGAAUAUAAUUAAAUAAAUCUGCGAAAAAUUAAAAGCGCAAAAGAAUAAAAACAAAUGCGUUAAAAUGAUUUUUAUUAAAUGAGUAGAAUUUACGUUUAAAAUACCUAUUGUUUCAUGUUUAAUUUUAUUUUUUAGUUUAUUUUAGGAAAUGUUUUAAUUUUCUUUUAAAGAUUUGCAUAUAAUUUUUUUUUUAUAAGAAUGUUUAAAAAAAUGUUUUUAGCAAUGCAAUGAACUUCAAUAGUUUUAUUUAUUAUUGUUUAAGAAAGAGGUUCUUAUUUUUAUUUAAAGUUAUUUGUAGUUCUCCUUAGAAAGUUGCAUGUAAUUUGUUUUAAGAGGUACUGUGAAAUAUUAUUUGACCCUUAUCAUAUCAAAUUGGAUGAAGUAUAUUUAAAAAUUAUUCGAUCUAAAAGCUAUUUUUUGCGCAAUAUUUGUCAUUUGAUAGUAAGUAGUCUGAAAAGGAUUGUGGAAAUAUUCCGGAAUAGUUUGCCAAGAAAUGCGAUACCAAAUGUCUAGGAAUGAUGUAAGAGAAGUUCGAUUUCAAAAAUGUACUAUAUAUAUAUCAACUUUGCUAUACAUAUUUUUAUGAUACAAUUUUUAUAACUCUCUCUUUUUCUCUUUGCUUCUUCAACUUUAAAAUUCAGAUCUCUAGUUAUCUUAGAGUUGUUGUACAGAAAUAAUUAUCAAACCAAACAUUAAUUUAAAUUGCGAUAUAAUUUCUGUAUUUGUGCCUUGUUUCCUGAAUAAAAGUGCGAAGUUGGGGAGUUUGAUUAAAAUAUUUUAUUGCAAUUUUAUUUUUAUAUUUUAAAUGCACCGAGGGCAAGGUUUUUAUAAUACAUACAGAUGCUACAGUACUGUUUUUUUUUUAAAUACAAAUAUUUUUUUGCCUAAAAUUUUUCAGCUUCUGAUAAAUGCAGAUAUAAAGUGCCAUUUAAGACAAUUCCUUUUAAAUUAAAAUAAUGAAUAUAUGCCUUUUAAAUUAAAAUAAUGAAUAUUUCCGUAAGUGAGCUAAUGCAUAUAUAGGCUAAGAGCAUGUACAAGUUUUUAUUUCAAUAAUUCAUCCAAAAUUUAAAUUACCGUAAAUUUUCAAACACAAGUUGAUUUGUGCAUAUGUCCGGAAGUGGAUUUACCUUUAAAUUCUAAAAUGUAAUUUUUUAAAAACUCAAGGUUUAAAAUACAGUGUGUCACGAAAUUUAAGCUGAUUGGUGCAUAAAUCAAAAAUAUAAUUUUUCCUUAAAAAAUUUAAAACGAUCUCUGUGAAUAUAGUUUAUCGAAAACUUUGCAUAAAAUAAAAUAAAAUUAAAAAAAUAAAGUAAAUAAAUAGAUAAAAAAAAUUCAAACGCAAAAAAAAACGCAUAGAAAUUCAUAAGCGUAUAAGAUAAGGCUCAUCUAUACUUCAGUUGUUCACCAAAAAUUUACAAUAACGUAUGUUCUCAAAUAUAAGAAAAUCUGUAUUUAAGCUGAAAACCCAAAAAAUUAAUCUAAUAUUUAAAGCGUGUACUUAACAUUCACAUUGCCCUAAAAACGCAAUUAUGUGGAAUUUCGCCUAAUCAAAUUGUUGCAAAUUUAAAACGCAGAAAAUAAAAGAAGACACUUUUAACUCUGUCACCCUUAUCAUACUGUUGGUGCAUUUUCCAAUUUAUUGUUAAUCUUCACGCAAUAUGUAACAAGCUUAAAAUUUUUUUUUGUGCUUCUUGUUUUAGUUGAAAUAAAGUUUAUUAAUUGGUAGAUAAAGAGUUAUGAUUUAAUAUUUCUUGUAAUUGGUAAUCCUAAGUUUGUAAUAUUACUCAAUGAGGAAUUCUACUCACGGAAAUAUUAGUUUUAAACUCAUUUUUAUGUUAAGGUUGUAAUAUUACUAACAAAAGCAUCAGUUUUAAACUCAUUUCUAUGACAAGUUUGUAAUUUCUUUCAAUGAUUAAUCCUACUUACGAAUGUAUCAGUUUCAAACUUAUUUUUAUGUUAAGUUUUUAAUAUUAUUGAAUGAGGAAUUCUACUUACUGAAGUACCAGUCUUAUACUCAGAAUAGUGAAGACGUAAAAAGGCAAUAUAAUUUGAAUGAAAUAUUUCCCUAAUAAAAUCUAUUUUUUUUUCCGUAAAUUAAAACUAGACCGAUAUCGGUUUUUCAGUUCAGAGCAGAUAAAAUCCUUAGUCCUUAUGCUUGUAUUUUAUCAUUUAUCUCUGCUGUUAUUAUUCUUUUAUGAAUGCUGUGUUGCUACUCCUUAUAUUAUUUUUAGUAUUCCUAUAAUUGUAGUAUCACAUAAUAGUAUUCUAAUAAACUUAAAUAUUUUCUUCGAUUUCUGACACAAAUAUGCUUUUUAAAAAGUUUCUUAAAAUAUAAUUGUUUUUGAGAAAUUGAGUUUUGAUAAAUAAAAAUACGAAUGCUUACAAAAUACAAUAAAAAUUCGAUUGAGUUUCUAUAGUUUCAUUAUAAUUUCGUUAUAAUACAAUACUUUAUUAAUCUAAAACUAAACUAUAUUCUAUUAUAAUAAUUGAAAUCAAAAUAUAAUAGGUUUGAGAAAUAUAUGAGCAGAUAUGCAGAAAUGGAUUUCGAAGCUCAAUAAGUACUAUGGAGAUAAAAGUAGUCAUUAUUAUUAUAAUUUAUUAAUUUGAAAACACAACAAUAUCCUAUUCAAUCCAUUUCAUUUUUAUAAUAUAUGUUUCUUUAAAUAGUUCAAACUCAAUGAAUUUAUUUUGAUGUAUACUUUUUCAAAAAAGAACUAUAGGCUGCGUCCAUAAAGCAAAAUUACUUUUCAACUGCUAAAAGGAAAAUUAGUCUAAUGUCAACCGCGCCACUUGUUUAUGAAAGAACCGAAAUCCGCCACUUACUGUAGACAAGAGUGUAAGUACAAAUUUAAAACAUGAUAAGCUGAGUAUUUAAAGUUACAGUCCAUUUUGCUUAACAUUUUAACAUCGUCCAAAGCACUAAAUUAUUCUUGUGCAAUAGAGCUUGUCGAUUCUGUAUUUAAAUAAUUGUUACACAUAUAUUGCUUAAAAAUUGAGGCUACGUGAACAAUAAACAGGCUAAUUUUCAAACGAAUUAAGAAAUUUUUUUUUUGUAAAAUGUCACGAAGUCAACUUUUUAGUUGAUAAAUAUCCUUUACGUCCAAAACAUUACGUACCUUUAAGUACACAUUUAAAAAUUCAGCAAUGGAAAAAUGAUACUUGCAAUUUAUAUUGAUUUGUCUAUUUUUGACCUCGUGGCCUCAAUUUAUGGAACAACAAAACAAUCGCUUAUAUGAUAAUUAAAAUCGUCAAAUUCAUUAUAGAAUUAAUAUAUUGAGGAAAGACUGGUAAAGUGGUCACCCUAAGGUUUAAUAAAUUUUAUAAAGCCUAUUAAAAUUAAAAUUGAUUAUUUUUAGCUAUAAUAAAAUUUCUAGUCUAGCAUAAAAUAUAAUUUACUUUUAAAUCACACGCAGAUUAAACACCCAGGAAAAUGUAAUUAUAACGAUUUCUAAUAUAGUCGGAGCAGCUUAUUUCAAAAACUAAAAUUAGACGUAUGAUGAAAAUAAAGUUAAAAAUUAAAAAGCUUAUCUUCUUAAUUUUAAAUAAUAGACAACACUGACGAUUAUUGGUGAUUGUUUUGUCCAUCCGCAGAAUAAAAGCAUUAUGAAUCCAAAUGCACGGACUUUGUUACUUUACCUGUUUUUCCUCCAUAUUUAAGAUAAAAAGUACAGGGUGUUCCUUAAUCAUUACCCUUAAUACAAACUUUUAGAAUCCUGGUCGAAAAUGAAGAAAAAUACUGUAUAUACUUUAUAGGUUGAAAAAAAAAAUUAUUGAAAUCUAAUAAUUCGCUAUUGAAGAAGGCAGAACUAAAACAUCAAAACCACUUUGAUUGCCGAAGGAAAUGAAGAGGAGUUGAAAAGUGAUGUUAAAAAAAGCCUUAAAGUUGCACCAGGCAAUCAAACCAGUUUAGAUGCUUUAAUUCCUAAUAGUUUGACAGAUUCCGAUUUAGCCUUUUCCAUUUUGAUUCAAUAUUAGUCUAAAUUUCUUAAUGUGUACAUUCGUUUGACUUCGUUUUUGACAUCGAUUUUAAAAAUAUGUUCUAAGUGCGGUGAUAAUAGAACACGUUGAGUAUCCAGCUUAAGCCUUUUAAAUUGUGCAAAUAGAUAUACAAGUCUAAAAAUAGAGCUCUUAGAGAAUGUUUAACAUGAAUAAUUUAUUUUGGAGAAUAAUUUACUUUACGAAUAAUAGAUUUAAAAAUAUAUUAAAACAUUUCAUUUCCAUUUGAUAGGUAUUAAUUAUUGACCUAUGUUAAUUAAAAUAUUAAUUUAUCCACAUUUUGUUGCAAAUGAAUAAUAAAAUAUUAAAUAGCAAUAUUAAUAAUUAACUGUUCCAAUGCAGGAUUUCUUAUAUUAAAUUUAGAAAUCUUUGCUAAUUUUCUAUAUUUAGUAAGACUGAUUACAAUAUAUUAGCAAUUCGUAUAAUUUAUUUAAAGUAAUAGAUUUUUAUCGCUCUGUAGAAUAAUGUCUUCUAGAUUUAGAUCAUUGAUAAUAUAUAAGAAGUAAUCUCUUUUAUAACAAAGAAUAAUAGACACUCAGAUGGAUUUAACGUCUUAUAUUUUAUUUAGAGCAUAGAAAUUAAUUAAAGGUUAUACUGAUAACUUUAGAAUAAGACAAAAUAAAGCUGAAACCAGCUUUUCAAAACUAUUCCCAACUGUCUUUCAACAUUUACUAGAAUUGCUAAGCUUCAAUCAAACAGUUUUCCAAUUAACUGUAUUGUAAGCGUCAUUUAUAUAUGAUUAAAAUUAGCUCAUUAUUACCACUGUACUUUUUUGCACUGUACAUAUUGUGAAUACUGUACAUUAUUAAUUAUUGAAAUUAAUAAACUUUAUUUCAUCAUGGA